GGGGCGGGGAGCGCGCAGGCGCAGUGCGGCGAUGCGGCGGCGUUGCCAUGGCAGCGGGGGCGCCGCCGCUGCCGCCGGGCCGGGCCAGGCCAUGCCAUGCCAUGCCAUGCCGGAAAGGGCCGUGGCGGGGCGAACAAUGAACCGACACGCCCGGUCCCGUUGAAGCGCCGCGCCGGCCUCGGCCUUCCCCAGCCAGGGUCCGGGACUGUGAGUCCCCGCAGAGACUCCGCCGCCAGCCCCGCGCCCACGUGCCCGCCCCGCCCCCCCGGGACCCGGAAGCACUUUCCCUCCGCGGGGACAGAGCGGCGGCAGCGGUGCCACAGUCACAGCCCCGGCCUCGGCCCCGACGCUCCCCUCCAGCCCUUCGGCCGCCCCACGGCCGCCGCCCCGCCGCCGCUGUCCUGCUGCUGCAACGCCGCCGUCUCCUUCUCCUCAUGAAGCCCGUCGUCGUCUUCGUCCUCGGCGGGCCCGGGGCGGGCAAGGGGACGCAGUGCGCCCGUAUCGUGGAGAAGUACGGCUACACACACCUUUCUGCCGGUGACCUUCUCCGGGACGAGCGGAAACGGCCGGGCUCCCAGUAUGGAGAACUCAUUGAGAACUACAUUAAGGAGGGGGAGAUCGUGCCAGUUGAAAUAACAAUCAGCUUGCUGAAGAGGGCUAUGGAUCAAACAAUGGCUGCCAAUUCCCAGAAGAACAAGUUUUUGAUUGAUGGAUUUCCCAGGAAUGAAGAUAAUCUUCAAGGCUGGAAUAAGACUAUGGAUGGAAAAGCGGAUGUUUCCUUUGUUCUCUUUUUUGAUUGUGACAAUGAGAUAUGUAUUGGCCGCUGUCUUGAGAGAGGCAAGAGCAGUGGUAGGAGUGAUGAUAACCGGGAGAGCCUGGAGAAGAGAAUUCAUACGUAUCUGCAGUCUACUAAGCCUAUCAUAGAUUUGUAUGAGAGAAUGGGAAAAGUCAGAAAAGUGGAUGCCUCUAAAUCUGUUGAUGAAGUUUUUGAAAAAGUUGUACAAAUUUUCGACAAAGAAGGCUAAUUCCCAGCUUGAAACUCCAUUUAAACUUGUGCUUGAAUCUUGCUUGAAUAGCUGCUACUGCAGUCCACUCUUUGUAAUUAUUUUAAAAGAUUUUGUUUUUCACAUAUCUAAUGAUGAUUGGUAAAACAGUUGAUUAGAAAUGGAUCUGUUUUUUAAAUAGGAAAUCAUUUCUUGUGGCUAUAGUAUACAAGUUUCAGGAUUCUCCAUUACUGCAAGUUCAGUUACUCACAUGGCAGAAUCACAGUUAAUACAUCUUUCUAAAGAAACUGUUUAUUCUGUCACAGUUCUGUGCCUAUCAUGGGCAGUCCUUCUUCUUCCUUAUUGCUGUACUCCUACUUCCUUUUUAAAGAUCAACUGAACAGCAUUAAUCAAUGAAGGACCCAUAUACCUUGGGUUUUCUUGGAUGCUUGGACCAAAUUUAGCAGGUUUUGUUUUUUUUUUUUAAGUAUAAUUUUGCCCAAAAUUCCCUUAUAUAUCCCCAGACCUGAAUUCUCUAAGUCAAGCUACAGUCAGUGUGAGAAUCUGUUUUAGCAGUUGUCAAAAAACUAUCAAAUAUGCUUUUCAGGAACAGACAUACAAAGUACUUUAUGGAAAGUGGUGCUUCCUUAUGACUCUGGAUGUAAACUGUCUUGCAAGUUCUUGGAUGACAUGGCCCUGGAUUUUUCCUUGUUUUCAUUUGCAAAAGAUUAAGAAAGUCAGUUUAGUAUUUCAAUACUCAUUUAUCUUAAAUGAUAGCUGUGUUCUUAACUACAGCAUAGUCUUCACAAGAUGGCAAAGUUCUUAAAAAAUGUACAGUAAGCAAAAUCUUCUGACAGUUCUGUCUUUUGUAACAAGUUAAAGGGUUUUUCUUUAUUAUUAUUGAAAUACUGUGUUACCAAAUGCUUUAAGGUUUGUUACCUGGGGAAAUAUUUUUAUGGUUAAACUAGUGAAUAUGUUUCCCUAAAAAUGUGUAAUUUUAAUAGCUGUUUGUUUGAGAAAUUUGUAAGUUAUUGCACUUUUGUUACAAUGUGGUCAGCAGAGGGGAAGAUAAUUGCAGAAAAUAGUUUCAUUCCCUGAAACAGAGUCCUGCUUCCCCAUGUUCUCUUGAAUAAGCCAAAUGCAGUCAGCAGGAGGAGCUGGUGUGAGCAGGAAACUGGUUGAAACAACCUGGUUGAAAUGUUUGCACAGAUGUGGUGCAAUUUUGUCUUUUGUUUAAGCUUUUCUGUCCCCUAUAUAGUAUGCAUAGGUUUGGGGGGGGCCCAACCAUGCAUUCCUUUUGUGCCCUGAGCUUCCACUGAUGGCAUGAAGAUGAGAGUUUUAACUGAUUUUAGUGCUAGAGUGGUUGUUCCUACAUUAACUGACACUCUAAUUGGUUUGUGACAUGCUAAUUACACAGAAUUGCAAUUUGGAAAUCUUGACGCUCAGCUUUUCUUUAGUCAUGAAUUUCUCUAUUUAGGAGAAGGUUUAAAUUAAGCUUAGUUUUUAAUUAGAAUCAGAUGUGUUGGUCCUCAUCUUGCAGUCAGAUUUGUAUUUUCAGGAAUUCUCAUCUUGCUGAGGUUGUUGAGGCUCCUGGACUGGGGAAGAGAUGGGUGCAGAACCAAGGGUAAACUGCAGUAGCUUUUCCAGUCUGGCAGGAGUUCAGGCAAUGGAGUGGCCACAAAUAGCUGUUAACUACUGCAGAAUAUAUGGACCAUGACUGCUUUUGUGAGUGUGGGAGGCCAAUGCUCUCACUUUAUGAAUUUCUUGUUUAAAAAAAUAAAAUAAGAAAACCUGGAAUUUAACUCUUGUUAACUCUGUAUAAGUAUACUGACAUGGAUAGGAUCCAGCAAAACUGCAUAUUUUAAUAUGAAGGUUAGAAUCAGGGUUUUUAAAAAAAUACUUCAAACUGGGUUCUUUAAUCCAAUUAGAGAGAUUUCAUUAACUCUUGCUUCUAAGUUACUGUUUUUUACAAGUUCUGCUCAGAAUUUUCUCUCAUCAUAUACUUUUCUGUGUAUUUAAGUGCUGAAACAAACAAAAAAAAAACAAAACAAGUUUUAGAAAAACACCCAACAAUGUUUUGGCGGUAUUGAAUUUGGAGUGGAUUGUAAUGUGUCUGUGCAAGGACUAGAUUUGUUGUCAUUUUAUUUAUUGAAGAUGCCAUUAAAUGUGUUACCACAUCUUUCAAGAUGGACUUAUGAUCGAAAUAAAAAUUAAAGGCAAUAUGCAAAUGUGUUGUGUCCAUUUAGCAGCAAAACUGUAUAAAGAAUUUGAGGAGAUCCAAUAAACUUUGUUCUGUGGCUUA